AUGGAUCUAGCAAACAGACCAUUGUUCCGCCCUAGGUCAGACAGCGACUGGGAGGUAUGGCGUCCGCUUUUCACUCGCCUGUACAAGGAGGAGAAUCGACCCCUUCCGGAAGUGAUGCGGAUUCUAAAGGAUCAGCAUAGCUUCUGGGCCUCUGAGAAGAUGUUCAAGAACAGAAUCAAGGCCUGGAAGCUUCGAAAGUACCUCAAAGAAGAUGAGGCCAAGAUGAUUGUCGACGGCGAAGGCCCCUCCACUAACGGUGCGGAUCCGGAGGACAUGAGAGAGCGCGCCGAGCGAUCUCUCAAGAGAAAGCGGGCUCGACAGCGAGCCCAGACCCAACUGUCGCCACUGCCGACCACAGCGUCGCCCUUACCACUCCCGCCUUCGCCUACCACAAGUGUGGUAGUCCCAUGGGCACCACCGCGGCAUUCAAUCAUCCUGCCACCACUCGACAGAUUCAAUAUCACCGACACCAUGGAGCGAUUUCUUCUGGACCUCCGAAGGUGGACACAUUCCGCAUUCAUUCAUGGUUCCUGGGAUUCGGCACUGUCCUCGCAGCACAAUGACGGGAGGCAAGCGUCGCGGCUCCUGUCGUCGAGUCUAACAGCUGGGAUCAAUCUCUUCGAAAAUGGCAAGCAUGAUCUGGCAUUCAAAGAAUGGGACCGAGCCCUGGCAAGUUUCAAGAACCCGCGCCUCUUUGAGUCCUGGUACUACGAGAUCCCCAUGUCGUUGCUCCAUGAAGUUGGGCGCGUGGCUCACUCUGGUCAUGCCCCCAUCGCCAGCCUUGUACUUCGAAACGUGAAGGAUUGGGCGCAUAAGUACCUUGAUCCGCAAGACUCGAGGCAUGCGCUAUUCAGCGAUUUUGGCGACUUGGAUGUGAGGCAGCUUCGCGAAUUGUACAAACGUGCGGCGCGUUCGAUGUUUGACGGCCUUGAAAGCCGAAUUGACAAGCAGAACAAGCUGCUUUUCGAGGUCCGGCUGAACCGAGCUCUGGACCUACUAUGGUAUGAUCCAAUGGCGGACUUGAGCGAGUGGCUGCCGUCAAUCGAGGAAGUUGACAAGGCGAUUGGGCCGAAUUCGGCUCUUUCGGUAUACUUUCUCCUCCUACAGGCGUACAGGGACGUCGCGCAGGAUCAAUACGGAGAUGCCGAGGAUCUUUGCAACCAAGUUCAGAGUCGAUUGGAAGAACUGCAGAAGGUUCCUGGCAGCAUCGAUCUGUGGCGGGUAGGCCUGGCAUACAGGCGCCUUGGCCGUAUGCAGCAUUCCAAGGAGCGAUAUCCAGAAGCACGGCGAAGCUUCAACACGGCCCUCAGAUACGUCUCGGGCGAUAGCAAGCUCUCCAGAUCCGUGCUGAUUGAGAUCUGUCAACGACAACAAGCCAUGUCUUCGGCGAUGAAUGAUGCUGGGGAUGUCUUCCUCUGGACCCAGAUGCUUGAAAGACUCGAACAGCAAACACAAGCACAGGUGGAGGAAGUUGAUGAUGACGAUGAAGAGUACAAGCCUGCGACCAAGAAACAACGCCUACCACCGAGCCGCACUGCCAGUCCGGCUCCUCAACGGCGGGGAACAUGGUCAUGA